AGCACUGAUGAUCAGUGUGCCCUGAUGAUCUGUGUAGCCCCAGCAGCGCCACCUGUCAGUGUCCAUCAGUGCCAGCUCUCAGUGCUCAACAAUGCCACCUGUCAGUGUCACAUCAGUGCCACAUCAAUGCCACAUAUAAGUGCCCAUCUGAGCUGCCUCUCAGUGUCACCCAUCAGUGCCAGUCAGUGCCACCUAUCAGUGCUGCCAAUCAGUGCCAACUACCAGUGCCAGUCAGUGCCGCCUAUCAGUGCCAGUCGGUGCCGCCUAUCAGUGUGCAUCAGUGCCCUGCCAGUCAGUGCCGCAUAUCAGUGCCACCUAUCAGUGCCAUAUGUGAGUGCUGCCUUUCAGUGCCCAUCAGUGAUGCCUGCCAAUGCCCAUCAGUGCCACCUACCAGUGCCUCCUCAUCAGUGCUGAUCAGUGCCACCUAUCAGUGUCCAUCAGUGCAGCCUAUCAG